GCAGCCUUCCCUCGGCCUGUUCUCCAGGCCAUGGCACAGGUGCACAAGAAAGUAGGCUGCGGUGGACAAAUGCCUCUGGAGCCUGGGGCUUGGGGACCGGCUCUUACAUUGUGACGGCCACAGCAGGUCAUACGGCCAAAACCAGAAUCGGGAGACAGGGCAGGUCUUCCGCCCAAGGCUGGGGUGGACUGCAGAGCCGCACGGGGCCAAGCCCAGAUGCAGGCCCACCAUGUGCAGCACCAGCGUGUGUGACCUGGAAGACGUGCCCCUGGAUGACGAUGACCCAGACAGCCUAGAAUUCAAACUCCUGGCCUUCUAUGCCAGGCACCACGUCUUCAAGAGCUCCUCUUCUGUCUACUCAUCCAAGGUGCUCAGAACAAAAAGCCUGUCCCUGCAGCCGGGCGGGAGUUGGCCAGUCGAGUCAUGGACACAGGUGUCACGGCCUUCCAGAGAUUCCUCAUCCAGCGAGAAGCACAUCAACCUGGGCAAGAAAAAGUAUUCUCUGAGAGCACUGUUUGGGGUAACCGAAAAGGAGGAAGAGCCUCCGAGCUCACCGAGGGAGGUGCGUUCUCAGGGCCCGUGGCCCGUGGAACUCCAGGGCAGUCUCCACGGUCAGCAGUGGUCCAGGUCCCUUUCCAACGUGGCACAGCGCCAGGGCAGUGAAGCCGUGGACCCCAAAAUUGCUUCCAUCGCCAACCGAGUGGCUGAAAUCGUGUACUCCUGGCCACCGCUAGAAGCCCAGGGAAGACACUUCAAGUUCAAGGGUACAAAAUUACAGAGUUUCCAAUUCCAGCCGGGAGGCUUAGAACAUAGAGCUGCAACUUCUAAGAAAGAUGGAGAAGACCCAACAAUCACCAAAAUUGUUGAGCUGCUGAAAUAUUCAGGGGAUCAGUUGGAAAUUGAGUUGAAGAAAGACAAGAACUUGAUGAGCAGCUUCCAGGAUGGGCUGUCCUAUUCUGUUUUCAAGACCAUCACAGACCAGUUCCUCAAGGGUGUGGACACCAGAGGGGAAUCAGAAGUCAAAGCUCAGGGCUUCAAAGCUGCCCUUGCAAUAGAUGCCAUGGCCAAGCUCACAGCUAUUGACAACCACCCAAUGAACAGGGUGCUGGGCUUUGGAGCCAAGUACCUGAAGGAGAACUUCUCACCCUGGGUCCAACAGCAUGGUGGAUGGGAAAAAAUACUCGGGAUAUCGCUUGAAGAAGUCGACUGAAGUAUCAUCUGGAAUACGCAUUGUCCAGGGGUGAUCCUAUAUACUUGUGUCUCAACACAGACUGUGGGGGAAGAUCCAAAGGUACAAGGCAGAAGGAGCACGGAGGUUAUUACUGCUGGGACUCAGAGGCACCAGGGGAAGCCCUGCUCUUCUCCAGCUCAAGGGACAAUAGUAGCAUCAUUUUUAACACUGACAUUUUCAGGUCCUCCCCUGAGUGUGUGAGGAAGUGUACAAAGAUAAGUGGUAAUUUUAAAUGUUCAACAUGGAAACCAUCUUCCUGUCUCUGUAAACUACAUUAGAGGAAGUAUUAUGGACGUCUGUUGGCCUCACGAAGGUGAAAUGAUAAA